GGAGUGGGACGGGAGCGCGCUGCCAGCUGUGAGGGGAGCAGAGAAAACAGCCAGGAGAGUACUAAAGGGACAAAGAACCGCUGCUUUCACAUCUCAUCCUCUCCAGCAGGUUGGAAACCUAAAGGUCUUCGUCUUGGAAGGGCUCACUGCUUGUUCUUCGUCUGCUGAAAUCUCUGUGUUCUACUCCCUCAUCCUGCACAAUGCUGCGCCCAGUAGCCAUCCACUGUCUCUUGUUUGUUUCGCUGUGCACGUGGGCGCUGUGCAGUGCCCAGUCAGACUCUGGCACCCCUGUAAUCCAACUGCGUCUGGCCGGGGAGAAGCGGAAACACCACGAGGGCCGGGUGGAGGUUUUCUACAAUGGAGAGUGGGGGACGGUGUGUGAUGAUGACUUCUCCAUCUACGCCGCCCAAGUGGUGUGCAGAGAGCUCGGCUUCGUGGACGCCGAGUCCUGGUCGCCCUCGGCCAAGUACGGAAGAGGAGAAGGUCGUAUCUGGCUAGACAAUGUGCACUGCAGAGGUGGAGAGAAGAGCCUGGCUCAGUGUGAGUCCAACGGCUUUGGAGUGUCUGACUGCAAACAUUCAGAAGAUGUCGGGGUGGUAUGCAACCAGAAGCGCAUUCCAGGCUUCAAGUUCAUCCGGAACCAGGCCAACGGCGAGAUGGGUUUGACAGUGCAGGUGGAGGAUAUGAGGAUCAGGGCCACGUAUUCUCAAAGGAAAAGGAUUCCCAUCACUGAGGGCUUUUUGGAGGUGAAAGACGGAGGCAAGUGGAGACAGAUCUGUAAUGAGGAGUGGACAGAGAUGAACAGCAGGGUCAUCUGUGGCAUGUAUGGCUUCCCCGGAGUGAAACGCUUCAAUACCCGACCCUACAAAUUGCUGGCCAAGCGUCGUAAGGAAGAACUACUGGGGUUUCUCUGUCCAACUGCACCAGGCAACGAGGCCAACCUGGCCGAUUGUAAACUCGGCAGGGAGAUAGAGCUGAAGGGAAACAGCACCUGCGGGCAGGGCAUGCCUGUAGUGGUCAGCUGUGUGCCUGGACGUGCCUUUGCUCCCAGCGUCAGCACCGGCUUCAGGAAGGCCUACAGGGUGGAGCAACCCUUGGUGCGUCUAAGAGGUGGAGCUAUGAUAGGUGAGGGGCGAGUGGAGGUGUUGAAGAACGGCGAGUGGGGCACAGUGUGCGACGACAAUUGGAACAUUCGAGCUGCCACCGUCGUGUGUCGAGAGCUGGGAUUUGGUAGCGCCAAAGAGGCCCUGACUGGUGCCCGACUGGGACAAGGGAUUGGGCUGGUCCACAUGAAUGAGGUGGAGUGCUCUGGGUUUGAAAAGUCACUGACUGAGUGCUACUUCAACCGUGACGCUCUGGGCUGCAGCCACGAAGAAGACGCAGCUGUCAGGUGUAAUGUUCCUGCCAUGGGUUUCCACACUAGGCUUCGGUUAAGUGGUGGCCGUAACCCCUAUGAGGGUCGUGUGGAGGUCCUGGCGGAAAAGAACGGCACUUUGGCAUGGGGCACAGUGUGCAGUGACAACUGGGGGACCAUGGAGGCCAUGGUAGUGUGCAGACAGCUGGGUUUGGGCUUUGCCAGCCACGCUUUCCAGGAAACAUGGUACUGGGGGGGAGAGUCCUCAGCUGACACUGUGGUGAUGAGCGGAGUGAGGUGUUCGGGAACUGAGCUGACUCUGGAUCAGUGUCUACAUCAUGGGAAACACAUCCAGUGUGCUAAAGGAGGUGGACGCUUCUCUGCUGGGGUCUCAUGUACUCAGACGGCCCCAGAUCUGGUUCUCAAUGCUCAGGUUGUAGAGCAGACCACCUACCUGGAGGACAGGCCCAUGUAUGCGUUGCAGUGUGCCCAAGAGGAGAACUGUCUUUCCAGCAGCGCUGACAAAGCCGACCCCACCUCAUACCGCCGCCUUCUCCGCUUCUCCUCCCAGAUCCACAACAACGGCCAGUCAGACUUCAGGCCACGGGCGGCACACCACUCCUGGAUUUGGCAUGAAUGUCACAGACAUUACCAUAGCAUGGAGGUUUUCACCCACUAUGAUUUGCUGAGUCUGAAUGGCACUAAAGUGGCAGAGGGACACAAAGCCAGCUUCUGUCUGGAGGACAGUAAUUGUGACGAGGGUAUCCAGAAAAGGUACGAAUGUGCAAACUUCGGUGCACAAGGAAUUACAGUUGGCUGCUGGGAUACCUACAGGCACGACAUUGAUUGUCAGUGGAUUGACAUCACAGACAUUAAGCCAGGCGACUACAUCUUCCAGGUUGUGAUAAACCCCAACUAUGAGGUUGCAGAAUCAGAUUACACCAACAAUGUUAUGAAGUGCCGCUCCCGGUACGAUGGACAACGGAUAUGGAUGUACAACUGUCGUAUAGGUGGCUCACGGAGCUCAGAAACAGAGGACAUGUUCCCUGGACUGCUGACCAACCAGCUCUCACACAGGUAGACUCGAGAUGGACAAGGCAGACGGACAGACAUUAGGGAAGCGGAUAUAAAUACUGACAACCACUAGAGGGGGCUGUACUGUUUUGCCUCCUUGGAGCAGUGCUGGAUUUAUAUUGAGCUCAGAGCCCAACUGGCACUAUGGACAAUGAUUCAAUAGGAAAAAGACCUGCUUGCUUACUAAAUGUAUUAACCUCACUCAGCUGUACGAACAUGCUCUUCUCUCUUAGUGUCUCUCAACUUUGUUGUAAGUGAAAUGUUGGCUUUGACUCGGUGCUUAUUGAGAGAGAUGUCAGCCAAAUAAUUUAUUAAAUUAACUAUGCCAACAGUUGCCUUCUAAGCCAAAGUUUCAAGCAUUUGGGGAAAGCCUCAAAUGAAAAUGACAUUAGAUGAGACUUUUCACCUGUUAUAUUGAGUUUGCUUGGGAUGGAUGAAAACAGUCUGCUGCUAAAUCUGGUGCUACAAGUGAUGAGAAUAUUGCACUGUGUGUUGAAUUGAAAGGUAUAUAAAUCAUAUUUUCUUCUACAGUAUUGGACAGUUAACUAGAAACCAAAAAACAAACACAGUAUAUGAUUAUAAUGAUUACUGCGGAGCAACAAACCACAGUCCAUGGCAGCAACACAACUGACAACACAAAUAACUCCUGUUUCCAGAGGAACUGCAUUUAACUUUCUACAAAUUAUGACACCUUGUAACCACAACUGCAAUACAAGCAAGUGAAAGUUGGGAUUUAUUUUGACAUUUUCUGCCACAGUCACUCUGGUAGUAUAGUAAAUUUAUUUAUACCAAAGUUGCUUGGAUUUGGUUCUUGCAGAAUUUCUGACAAUCUGUAAAGAUUUUCAGUCAUAAAUUUAAGUCAGAAUUAAGCUGAGAGGGAAAGUGCUUUUUGCGUCCAGGAUUUUAUCUUCCACAUACUUGAGCUUGCUUAUGAAAAAUGUUUUAUUUAUUGAUUCUUUUUCUUGGUUGUUACAGUAGACACACUUUCAUAUACAAGAAAUGCAUACCCGCUCAGCUUAUUUCUCAGUGUUGUUAAAUUAUUACCAUCAGGGACUAUGAUAACAUUGUGGAUGUACUGCAAUGGCCACAAAUGUGUGUGAAAAUGCAUCUUCAUUGUUUUGUAAAUUCUUUUUUUUAUGUAGCAAAUUCAGUGACCCCUCUUUUUAUAAGAGUAUUUGUUAGUUGCUGCCUGUUUUUAUUUUGUAUGCAUGGGUGAAUGUGGAAAGGCAUUAAAUUUUUUGAAAUAAAAAUGGUAAAAGUGUUUACCAAUUUA